CUCUGCUUUCAUUUUUCCCUUUUUCUUUUCUUUAGAUUUUUUCACUAGACUUCAGGGCGACAAUGACUAGAAAGCUAAUCAGUGCUCAAGAACACGAAGAAUUCCUGGAUAAGUUUGAUAAUUACCUCUUUGACUGUGAUGGUGUACUUUGGCAUGGUAAUGUCCUUAUUCCUGGUGUCCUUGAAGCCAUGAAAAAACUACGUGAAAAAGGGAAAAAGAUCUACUUUGUCACCAAUAAUAGUACUACCUCAAGAGCAUCCUUCCUCAAGAAAUUCGAACGAUUGGGUAUACAAGCAGAUAUAGAAGAAAUUUUUAGUUCUGCCUUCGCUACUGCUUCAUACUUGAAAAACGUAUUAAAAUUUCCUGAAGAUAAGAAGGUAUAUGUCAUUGGUAUGUCUGGUAUUACUGAAGAACUGGCCCAUGAAGGUAUCCAAAGCUGUGGUGCAGAAGCUGACAGUGGAUUGAUAGACAAUGAUCCUAUUCCUGAUGAUCCUUCUAUUGGUGCUGUGGUUGUGGGAUUAGAUACUCAAGUCAAUUACAAGAAAUAUGCCAAGGCUUUUACCUAUCUUCGAAACAAUAAAGAUAUUCCAUUCAUUGCCACUAAUGAAGAUACAACUUUCCCAAUUCAUGGCUCUCUUCAUCCUGGUGCUGGUUCCAUUGCAGCUCCUCUUAUCACCGCACUAAAACGACGACCUGAUAUUGUUCUUGGCAAGCCUGCUCAAAACAUGAUGGAAGCUAUUUUUGUUCAGUACAAUUUGGAAAAAUCAAGAACAUGCAUGAUUGGUGAUCGAUUAGAUACAGAUAUUGAUUUUGGUUUGAAAGGUGGUUUGGAAACCUUAUGUGUUUUGACAGGUGUGUCUUCUGAACAAGAACUUUUGGACCCUGAAAACAAGAUCAAACCAACUUAUUAUGUAGAUAAAUGGAAGGAAGCCUUCUCUUUAUACGAUAAGAAGGGAAAUAGUACCGUAUCUUCUACCAAUCUUGGUGAUCUGUUACGUGGUCUCGGACAAAACCCUACUCAAGCAGAAGUGCGAGAAUUGAUCAAGUCUGUAGGUGGCAGUGAUAAGCAAGAGGUGGAUAUUGACUUUGGUACCUUUUUGACCAUUCUCACUCGUCCAGAUGGAUUCAAGCCUGCUGGAUCUUCUCAAGAAUUUAUUCAAGGUUUCCAAGUUUUUGAUAAGGAAGGUGAUGGCUAUAUCUCUGCUGGUGAACUUCGUUAUGUCUUGACUAACCUUGGUGAAAAACUUUCUGAUGAAGAAGUCGAUGAACUUUUGAAAGAAGUCGAAGUUGGUAAAGAUGGUCGUAUCAACUAUGUCGACUUUGUCACUUUGGUGUUGUCCAACUAGAUAUUGUCUUUUCUAAAAUUUCCCUUACUACCAUCCUCUUUAUCUAGUUAUUUAUUAUACGUUUUUGAAUCCCCCCACCUGUUAUCCUUUUUUUGUUUGUGAUCAACAUUAUUUAUUGAAAUAAAGCUAUUGUAUACCGAUCAGCAAUU